AUGGCCAAGGCGGCAGCCUCUUCGCCGCUAGAAGACUUGGAUCUGAGUGGAGAGGAGGUCCAGCGGCUCACCUCCGCCUUCCAGGACCCGGAGUUCCGGCGAAUGUUCUCCGAGUACGCCGAGGAGCUCACAGACCCUGAGAACCGGCGGCGCUACGAAGAGGAGAUCACGGCGCUAGAGCGUGAGCGCGGAGUGGAGGUGCGGUUCGUGCACCCGGAGCCGGGCCACGUAUUGCGCACCAGCCUGGACGGGACCCGGCGCUGCUUCGUGAACGUGUGCAGCAACGCGCUGGUGGGCGCGCCCAGCAGCCAGCCCGGCUCUGGGGGCGUGGUGUCCGGCAGCCAGUGGUCCCUGCCCUACAGCCUGGCCCCCGGCCGUGAGUACGCGGGGGGGCGCGGCAGCCGCUACACCGUCUAUGACGUGGUCUUCCACCCAGACGCGAUCGCGCUGGCCCGGCGCCACGAGCGCUUCCGCCAGAUGCUGGACGCCACGGCCCUGGAGGCCGUGGAGAAGCAGUUCGGCGUGAAGUUGGACCGGAGGAACGCCAAGACCCUGAAGAUCAAGUACAAGGGGACUCCGGAUGCCGCCGUGCUACGCACGCCCCUGCCCGGAGGCGCGCCGGCCCGACCCGAGGGGGAGCCGGAGAGCCCUCUCCCCGAUUUCCCCUACCCAUACCGAUACCCGGCGGCCGGCGUGAGCGCUGCGGUGCCCCGGCCCCAGGCGCCCUCCCCUCCGGAGGCGGUCCGUCAGCCCGCCCCCACCGAGCCUCGCUACAGCGUGGUGCAGCGCCACCACGUGGACCUCCAGGACUACCGCUGCUCCCGAGACUCGGCGCCCGGCACCGUGCCCCAAGAGCUGGUGGUUACCAUCGAGCUGCCGUUGCUGCGAUCGGCCGAGCAGGCGGCUUUGGAGGUGACGGGGAAGCUGCUAUGCCUUGACUCAAGGAAGCCCGACUACCGGCUGCGACUCUCGCUCCCGUACCCGGUGGAUGACAGCCGCGGCAAGGCACAGUUCAACAAGGCGCGGCGGCAGCUGGUGGUCACGCUUCCCGUGGCACCGACCGCCUCGCGCCCGGAGCCCGCCGCGUCCCCGGAAGGGGCAGCCGAUCCGCCAGGAACUGACGGCGCGGCCUGCGCUUCCGCUCGCCCCGUGGAGGCGGGCCCGGCGGGGGUUUGUGCUGGGGACGCAAGCUCAGGUCCCAGCCGAACCCGGGCUGCAGACGCCGGGAUCACCACUCUGGACGCCGCCGGGGAGGAGCGCGUCGCAGAAUCCGAGGAGCGGGAUUUCGGCGGACAAGAGAUACCAACCCCGGGGACCGGGGAGGAGCCGCCUCCCGGAGCCGGGAACUCACCUGGGGACCGUGGCGGAGGCGCUCUUAGUACUUCCUGCGGGGUCCUUGACGCGGGCCUUGACGCGGGCCUUUCUGUAGGGAGCGCGAGCGUGCGCCCGACCCUCGGCGUGGAGGCGCGCGAGGCCCGGGAACGCACCGGCAGGGAGCUGGCUGAUCGAGCGAUGGGUGGUCCCGAGACCGACCGCGGGGAAGCUUUGUGUCCGCCUUUGCAGUGUAGGCAGGAUGAAGAAUCCCUGACUCUGCUCAUUCAAGUGCCUUGGAUCCUGCCUCAAAGUCUUCAAGGGGAAGUGAACCCCCUCUGGUACAAAUUGUCCUUCUCUACCCAAGACUUAGUUUAUUAUUCCUUCUUUUUGCAAUUUGCUCCAGAGAAUAAAUUGAGUACCAAAGAACCAGUGGUUAGCAUUUCUUCCAACAAUGCAGUGAUAGACCUGGCCAAGUCUCCAGAAUGCCAUGGAUACUGGAGAGAGUGGUAUUACGGCUUAAACAACUAUUGUUUGGAGGAAAGGUUAUUUGUCAAUGAGGAUAAUGUUAAUGAGUUUCUUGAAGAGGUCCUGAGCCCUCCAUUCAAACAGACAUUACCCCUGACGCCACCAUUAAUUGAAGUUCUUCAGGUUACUGAUAGUAAGAUUGAAAUACAUGCAAAGUUGCAAGAAUGCAGUAACUCUGAGCAGCUUCAUGAAAAAGAAGAAAAAGUCCAUGAAGCAAGUCCUCUAACAGAAAAAGAAAAUACAGAACAUGCUUCCACUUCAACAACUGAUUCUGAUUCAUCUAUAGCAGUCACAGUACUAGAAGCAGACAGUUGUGGUUCAGUCCCAUGCUUGCAACAAGGGGCUCUUGAUGUUUCUCAAAAGCUGUUUGCAAAGUCUCAGCAACCUAAGUCAGAAAAGGAACGUGAAUUUAUAAAAGACAAAAGUGCUGUUUAUGCAAAUGAAGAAAAAGAUAACUUAAAAGAACCAGUAAUAACUGAAGAGAAAGAAUUGAAUGGAAAUCACUCAUCUCCGUUACUGAACAAAACUGCAGUUCACAAUACACCUGGUUUUGACCACAUAAAGGAAACCAAUAUGCAGGAUGGUAGUGUGCAGAUCAUUAAAGAUCAUGUGACUCACUGCUCAUUCAGUUUUCAGAAUUCUUUGCUUUAUGACUUGGAUUAA